AUGAGCUCGACGCCAUCAACCAAGCUGUCGCAGGCUGCACUGGAGUCUCCCCAAGGCGCGGUGGCCCCGUCCCUUGCUGCUGACGGCCGGCAUCAACAUGUCGCCGUACCCAUGAGCGACGCCCGGGCACCCGCGCGGGCCAAGUCAGGGCGUCACUUCGUCUCGGGGCUUGGCUCCGGCAUGGCAUCAGCCGUCAUCUUGCAGCCCCUCGACCUCUUGAAGACGAGGGUGCAGCAGUCAGGCCGCUCCUCGCUAACCGACUCUUUGCGCGAGAUCCGGCAGUCGCCGCACCUGGUCCGAAGCCUGUGGAGGGGUACAAUGCCCUCGGCCCUGCGCACCGGCUUCGGCUCCGCCCUGUACUUCACCUCCCUCAACGCCAUCCGCCAGCGCGUGCAACAAGGCUCCAUAGGAGCCCACGCGCAGAGCCAGAGCGGCUCUUCCGCUCUACCCUCGAUAUCAAACGCAGCCAAUCUGGCCUCGGGCGCAAUAGCCAGGACCUUUGCCGGCUUCGUCCUCAUGCCGCUCACCGUUAUCAAGGUGCGGUUCGAGUCGAAUCUGUACUCUUAUUCCUCCAUUUGGGCCGCUGCCCGCGAUAUCCGUCGCGUGGAUGGCGUGCGCGGAUUCUUCUCCGGCUUCGGUGCCACGGCCAUCCGGGACGCCCCGUACGCCGGCAUGUACGUACUCUUCUACGAGAUGCUCAAGACACGCCUCGGCGCCCUGGCAUCGCCGCAGGAGGAUGGCAGUCGCCAGCCCACCAGCAUGAGAGCGUGGGUCGCGAGCUCUGUCAACUUCAGCUCGGCAAUAUUGGCUGGCGCAGCUUGCUCCGCCGUCUCCAAUCCGUUCGACGCAGUCAAGACGAGGAUACAGCUUCAACCCCGGCAAUACCGGAACGUAUUGCAAGCUGGCUACCGAAUGGUUGCAGAGGACGGCUUCCGGUCUCUGUGGGAUGGGCUGGCUCUACGAAUGAGUCGCAAGGCCCUGAGUUCGGCCUUGGCAUGGACUGUCUACGAGGAGCUUAUCCGCAGGUAA